ACAAUUAUGACAUCAAUGCGAAAGAAGGAAUCACAACUUUGUUUGAUGCGCCUAAAACUUCAACUGACGAAAAAUCGUUCGUGAAAACGGGUCUCCAUAGCUUGCCCACAUUAUCAACAAGUUAAAGGCAACUGGAGCCCUCUGCUGCCACCUGUUCUUGUUUCUUCCGGCUUCACUGGUUGAUGCGAUUAAAGCUCUUUGCAUGAGUCCUGAGAACAACCCAGAACCAAAGAGCGGGCAUUGUCUCAUGCGAACAUUGCCAUACUAUUCGAUGAUUCACGGUGUUGGGAAUUAAUUAUAGCGCCCUUUGUUUGAUACUGUACGCAAGCUGCAGUCACCCUGAUGCCCGACACACCAAGCCAGGUUUCUUCGGCGGAUGUCGGCGAGUCGGAGCGGAUCACCCUUCAAGUGGGUGAUCGCCAAUUCUACACUACAAUCGAAUCGCUCGUAGAGCGAAGCAGGUACUUCGCAACCUUGUUUUCUGGGAAAUGGCCGGUGAGCAAAGAGGACGGCUCCAUCUUCGUUGAUGCGGAUGGCAGUGUAUUUGAAUACGUUCUUCAGUACCUUCGUCGAGGCGUUUUCCCGCUUGCAUUCUGUCAGCGGAAAGGUCAUAACUACAGUUUAUACAUGAGGUUGCUUGAAGAGGCCAGGUACUUCCAAUGCCCUCUGCUGAUUUCAUGGCUAGAGGACAAAUGUUACUACAAGUGCGUCCGUUGGCGUGUUUUAACACGGAUACAAGACACGGUAGAGCCCAACAUACAGGGACAAACCAGCGUGAGGGAUUGGCAGAUUGUUCCACAGUUAAAGAGGAAAGAAAAGGUUUAUAUCUGUCCGCGGUGGAUUGAUGUACAUCGUGGCAACCUGCAAAAGUUUGGCCGCCAGUACCGGAACGCUAAGGGAGAGGGCGGUCCCGAGUAUGAUACCGAGAAUGUGACAUCAGAAUGGUUAGUGGCGAGAGCCAGGUUCCAUCCUGGGUGGAUAACGGACUCUGGGGCACCUUUUCUUGCACACUGGCAAACUAGACGCUCCAGAAAAUCGCUAUAGAAUCUAGUGUGGUUAAAUAGACAAGUGUAGUCUUUGGCCGGCCGAGCCGUUCCAUGCUACAUCAGUGGGCGCCCCAUGCGCCAACUAUCCGGGCUCGACGGCGUGUCAGUAACAGCCGCCCAUUAUCCGGAUUAGGUUAUCUUGUCGCGUACAACAUGUAUUAUAUCACAACCGCCGAAGCCGGUGUGCCCGCGGUAGACUUGGCUGAAAGUGCCUCGUUCUUGUUCCUUUGAAGUGGUGACUGCUGCUAGUGCAGAGCCAAGUCUGUUCUCUCUGGGAAACAGGUCUCAAUCUCUGACCAGGGCCAGCACUUCUCCAUCAUGCUCAGAAGAUGAGCAUCUUUUUCAGCAGAUCAUUACCACAGCUUGUCUCUAUGGUUCUUACUUCUCUCUCUGUGCCCAUAUCAAGUUUGCUCGAUCUUAUCACAGAAAUCUGAGCAAGCCACUGACUGUGCAAUCUUAUUAGAGUUAGACAUGCAGCUUGCCAAGGCAUCUUC